UAAGAACGCCUGGAAGAAUUUCACAUUUUCAAGAAAUUUCAUGUAUCAAUCUUUCCUUCGGAGAUUUUAUUAUGUUACCUAGAAACUUCAGAUUUUCUAUCAGCAAUGGGAUUAAUUUAAAUUGUUUUUAUGUUCAGACUGGAAGUUUACUGCGUCAGAAUAUUUUGCUUAAGCCGCCGUAAAAGAGUUUGGAGGGCAACUACCCGUUAAAGUUCAAAGCUUGAAAUCACGGUUGUUUUAAACAACAGAAGCGAAAUUGUGAUGAGAGAGACAGCUUCUCAUUUAGACAGCAUGGAAGCGGUGCAUCUGGGGUAUAGUCACCAUCCAUUUGGAGUGUUUGUGAUCUCUCUAAUUGGUUUAGCAGUAUGGAUCCUUGGAUAUAGGCUUAUAAAGGCUAUUGUUAUUGCGGCAGCAUUUAUUAUGAGUGGAUGGGCAUUUUACACUUUCUCCCCACAUGUCAUUGACACCGAUGUCUGCUGCAGUCCUGGUACCAACCAAGAAGUGCGUAUUGCUGCAAGCAUUAUUGUUGGCCUCCUGGCCGGAGCUCUUGCAUGCUAUGUGUACAAAGUUGGUGUUUUUUGCCUGGGGGCUUUGUUAGGACUGGUAUUAUCCAUUGCAAUGACUGCUUUUCUUCUCACUAAACAAUUAAAAAGUCCAUUAGCCUAUUAUGGGAUCUAUACUGGAGCAGCAAUAGUGACAGGAAUAUUGGCUAUUAUACUGGAAAAGAUAUUUGUCAUUGUUGCAACGUCUGUCAUUGGCUCAUUGGCAUUCUUGUAUGGGGUGGAUUUUCUAGCCAAGACCACUUUUACAGCAGUAAUGACUGAUGUGUUCUCACAUCUGAGAGAUGGCCUUUUUGAAGCCAUUGAGAUACCCUCUCAAGUUCAGCUCCACUUCUCUGCCCCUUUAACAUCAAGGAGCUUAGCAAUGUUGUUAGGCUGGCUUCUCAUGUCCAUAGUGGGAGUCAUCUUACAAUACAUGUACACUGCCCAGGAGAUUGAGAAACAGUUGAUGAUAAAGAGUUGCACUUGUGAUAAACCCGACUGCGAGCUGGAAGAUAGUAUAGCCGUACACAGACUUCUUCUCAAGCCAGCAAAGAUAAAGACAGUUGCACAUGAGUACGGGAAAGCUCAGAGGAUCAGUAACAGAUGACCAGCCGACAUGAUGGGAGAUGAAGAAACGCAAUGCUGAGGCCAGAUGUUUUGGACCUUUAUAUCUGACACUGUUUUCACUGUAGCGUCAUAAACCAUUUGACUGCACACAGCAUAGAAUUAACGGUGGUAUGAUUGACUACGCGCUAUUCCUAGACGAGAAAUGGAUUUUAAUUCUCGGCGGUUGCGCAACAACGAUACCGCAUACCGCAUGAUGAACCAUCUGUGUCUUGGAAUGGACAAGAAAAGCGGCAACACGCCUUGCUAAUGAAGCAGUAAAAAUCCUGGGUUUUUGUAAUAUAGAAAUAAACAGGGGGAGAUUUUCUAUGCUGUCACCAACUAAACUAUAAAAUAAAAUAAUCAACGAGAAGUUGCUGGUAAGUGUAUACGAUUUCAGUAUAUAAGUAAAGAAAAUAAAUGUUAAAAAGAAA